UUAGAAUACAGAAUAAUCCUGAAAUAGUCUUGAAUAACUGUCUUAAAUUUAUUCACAGGUGCCAUGCACAUGAAACCAAAAGCUGUUUGUGGAGACUGCCUUCAUGGCUUAUUGGUAAUAACAGAUCUAAGAGACUAAGCUAAACAUUGUAGAGAAUAAAAGACAUCAUGUUUGCCCUCAAGUAGCCUACAGUUCAGAAGAAGAUGAAACACAUUUCUAGUUGCUGCACCACCCAGGAUACGAUGAAAAUAAAGAUGCCACCGACUGGAGGACAGCAGUAAUCUUCUGAGUUCAGAUUAUCUUAAACCAACAUGGAACCCCAAAGUCCAGGCUGUAGAAGGUCAUCUCUGAACCUCCUUGAAAAUGAUGAGGUAGAGUUUGUCCGAACUGGCUAUGGGAAGGAUAUGAUAAAAGUUCUCCAUAUUCAGCGAGAUGGAAAAUAUCACAGCAUUAAAGAGGUGGCAACUUCAGUGCAACUGGCUUUGAGCUCCAAAAAAGAUUACCUGCAUGGAGACAAUUCAGAUGUCAUUCCUACAGACACCAUCAAGAACACAGUUAAUGUCCUGGCGAAGUUCAAAGGCAUCAAAAGCAUAGAAACUUUUGCUGUGACUAUCUGUGAGCAUUUCCUUUCUUCCUUCAAGCAUGUCAUCAGAGCUCAAGUCUAUGUGGAAGAAGUUCCUUGGAAGCGUUUUGAAAAGAAUGGAGUUAAGCAUGUCCAUGCAUUUAUUUAUACUCCUACUGGAACGCACUUCUGUGAGGUUGAACAGAUGAGGAAUGGACCUCCAGUCAUUCAUUCUGGAAUCAAAGACCUCAAAGUCUUGAAAACAACCCAGUCUGGCUUUGAAGGAUUCAUCAAGGACCAAUUCACCACUCUCCCUGAGGUGAAGGACCGGUGCUUUGCCACCCAAGUGUACUGCAAAUGGCGCUACCACCAGGGCAGAGAUGUGGACUUUGAGGCCACCUGGGACACUGUUAGGAGCAUUGUCCUGCAGAAAUUUGCUGGGCCCUGUGACAAAGGCGAGUACUCGCCCUCUGUCCAGAAGACACUCUAUGACAUCCAGGUGCUCACCCUGGGCCAGGUUCCUGAGAUAGAAGAUAUGGAAAUCAGCCUGCCAAAUAUUCACUACUUAAACAUAGACAUGUCCAAAAUGGGACUGAUCAACAAGGAAGAGGUCUUGCUACCUUUAGACAAUCCAUAUGGCAGGAUUACUGGUACAGUCAAGAGGAAGCUGACUUCAAGGCUGUGAUGUUAUGGCCCCCAGUGGAAGUCCGUGCUCAAUUGAGGCAUUCCUUAAGCCACUUGUGAUGCUGGGAAUCAGUGUGUAGCCAUGCAAAUUGUCAACCUAGUAUGUUGAUUUGUAGUGUUCAUUUUCCUCCCACAUGAAAGAAUUCUCCUAUACCUAGCUCAGCAAAGUGUCUGUGAUGAGUAAUUAUAACCUGCUUUGUGAGUACAGUUUACCUCACAAAUGCUGAGCAGUAUUAGAAUAAUCAUAAACCGGUACUUCAUUUUAGUGGUCCUGUACCAUCCUAUCUUAGAGAAGCUUUAUAAUCCAUUCAUUAAGAAGAUACUCAUAAAUCAGUGGAGGUAUGAUAUCAGUUAAUUUGUGCACAAGUUGAAGAAAGCAGCAUUGUUUUCAUCCUACUGCUACUAAAACUUGCUCCUUGGUAAUACAGAAAAUGUAAUGAUAAAAUCACAUUUUGAGAAAUAUCACGGUUAUGACUUAGAUUGAAUGCUUGAGUUCUUGAGAAUGCUCUAGCAUAUGUAGCAUGAGAGUUUAUUUCUACUCUAAAAGUACUUUUUAUAAUGGUAACGUAUUUGUUUUAUGACUUUUACAACCCUUAAAGAAUAUUGAGUACACAUUGAGGCACUGAAAAUAAAGUGUAAAUUGUUUUUCUUUGAAUAAUGCAUCAUUUUGGCACAAAGAGCCACAUUUAAUAAAUGGUAAGUCAAUGCUCAGAUGGAUAAAUACACAUAUAGAAGGAAAACCAGAGACUCUAUGAAAAUGUCAGCAAUGAUGAUUUCUGAAUGGUGGUAUGCUGAGUAAUUUUUAUUUUUUGUCAUUUGAUUUUCUGUAUCUUCCAGGUACGAGCAUUUAUUACUUUUAUUAUCAGAGAAAUAAAUGAUUGAUGAUUUAAAGAU